ACCUCCAUGUGUUUUUAGCCUCUACCAGUGGUGGAAAAACAUGAAUUCAGACCCCGCAGGACCAAUAACAUCUGGUAUUUACAGAUGCUCUCGUUACUAUUCUCACUUGUAUACCGAUCUUAUAAACACUCCUGAGCUAUGAAUGCGUUUGUGGAAAUUAUUGGUUGAAGCAUUAGCUUGCUAACGUUAGGUGUGUAUAGUAUUUCCCGUGUAACGUUAACUGUUAUCCUAGUAGUUAACCACCAAACUGACCCCAGAAACUCCCUCAGAGAGAGAGAAAGUUAAACCACUGAUCCAGCUGAACGAUGUCUAUGAUGUAGUUUACUUGCAGAAAAAUACAGUGGAAAUAUCAGCUUGAACAUGGAGCCUUCAUCCUCGUCGUCAUCAUCAUCAUCAUCAGCAGCAACAGCAACAUGCAACGGACAGAAAAGAAAGAGUAAUGCCCCCACAGCACAUGAGAGGGCCAAGAGAUUAAAAAUUGUGCAGGAAGGUGAGGAGACGCUGGAAUGUGGACGUUCCUUCCGCUCGCCGCGGAUCUCUGUGCUGCUUGACCACAUUCAACAACCAAUUACACUGAAUGAGCUGACGGAGCUGCUACAUUACGCCGCUCUGGGGAAAACAGGUGGCAUUAAACAGCCCAGUUGGUGUCGUCUCCGUCAUCAGAAGAGGAUUAAAGCUGUGAAUGUGGUGAUCGUGGAAGGCCUGACCCAGAGUCACUUUUACAAACACUACCUCACGCUGCAACACCUCAGGACCAGCUACACCACUAGGGUCACCUUCAUUCCACCCUCUACCGACCUGGCGUCAGGAAUCUUCAGCAGUGAAGUCCCUGAAUCUGAUGAUCCAUCCCUUUCCCAGAGACACAAUGAAAGCAGUAAACUGCACAAUGCACUGAGGUGUCACCCAGUAAUCACCAAGUUUGGGACACAGAGGAGAGGACUGACAGCGUAUGUUCUCACCCAGGAGGAGAUGAUCAAGAGACACUAUCCUGUCAAAGGAAUGCCUGGCUUUGAGGAUUAUGUGUGCAUAGACAGUGUUGACUAUGUGACUGAUAACAGCCCUCUGUAUGGACUUGACUGUGAGAUGUGUCUAACAGAAAAGGGAUAUGAGUUGGCUCGUGUUUCUCUGGUGGAUAGUGAUGGGAAUUGUGUGAUGGACGAUCUUGUAAAACCUCAGGACCGAAUCCUCAACUACCUCACCAGGUUCUCUGGUAUAACCGCAGAGAUGUUGCGACCAAUCACUACCAACCUGCAGGACGUUCAAAGGAAGCUCAGGGCGUUGUUGCCGAGCGACGCAGUUUUGGUGGGCCAUUCACUUAACAACGACCUUAUGGCUCUAAAACUGGUCCACCGGCAUGUAAUCGACACCUCACUGCUGUACAGGAGAGAGUUUGGACAGAGGUUUAAACUUAAGGUCCUGGCCGAGACAGUGCUGAAGAGGCAAAUUCAAACUGAAGAGAAGAAGGGUCAUGAUCCCAUAGAGGAUGCCGUGGCAGCCCUGGAGCUGGCUCAGUACUUUAUUAAAACAGGACCUCUUCAGGUUGUAGAACUUCAUCUGGAGGAGCUGUGGGGAUAUACAGUAGUGGAGGAGUCCACCGACUGUGCACCUGCACCAACACCGAGUCACAGGUUUGUUGACAGACUACAGACACUUGGACGGUCAAUAGCCUUUUUAGGAAAGCGCUCCGACAUUGCCCUGGAUCUGUCGAAACAGCUGUGGCACAACUCUGACAAAGAGCUGUUGGCGUCUUUCAGGAGACAGACCAAGUGUCCGUUCCUCUCAGUGCUCCAGUUUUCUUCCCUCUCAGACUAUCUAAAGAGGUACUCCUCUCAUCAGGAGCACCAGUACCAGAGAGUGUGCGCAAAAAUUAGAGAUAUGUGUGUAGUGUUUGCCGGGCCGUUCCCUCCAGGUUUCUCUGAGAGGGAAGUGAGGCGGCUGUUUUGUUGCUGUGGACCGGUUCGGAAAAUCAAAAUGUUGAACACAACUGUCAGGGUUCAUGCGGAGGUAGAGUUCGAGCUGCUGGAGGGAGCUAUGCUGGCUUUAAAAACUUUGAAUGGACUAAAUAUGCAGGGACAGUCCAUCAAGGUCCAGAGGCCUGUUAAUGAGUCAGUGCUGGACUUGGAUCUGACUCUUAAUGCGUUAACGGGCGACAAUCUCAACACCAGUCACCUGUACACUGUAAAAUUAAGCCCCAGUAUGGCUGAGUGCAUACAGAUUUCAGCAAAGUUCAAUGGACACACGUUAGAUCCAACAUAUUCAGGUAUUACUCCUGUUACAACAGUGAACGGGUUUCCCCCAGUUAAAGUAAACGGUAAAAAGUUGCAGCCCACUACCACAAAGUCUAAACUGUCUGAGGAGACAGUCAGAGAGACAUUUGGUCACUUUGGUACGGUGGAGAGAGUUGUACUGCUUGCCAAACCUGGAAAACAUGCAAGACAUGCCUACAUAAAGUUUGAGAAUUCAGAGGGUAAACAGGCAGCCCUCUGCUCCUCUGAGGAUCUCCGGAAGGAAAACUACCUCAUCUGUCCAUCCUUAACUCCACCCCACUUGCCUUCAUGGGUUGCCGGGACAAUGCCGAUCACCACAGUGGAAGCAGAAGAUGAUGAGGAGGGGACCCACAUGCACAGCAGUUCUCAGGACCAGCAAGUGGAUGUCAUGAUGAGGAAGUUGGACCGACGCUUGCGGAAGCUCUUCAGAUCCCUCCAAGACAGCACCUUGUCUGUGGUUGUGCUGCUUGGAAACACCAGUCCACAUGGCCAACUUCCUGGUUUGUGCCUUAUGGAAGUCAAGCAAGGGUCUUGAGGAGAACAGGGACCUGGUUCUCUGUGGGAAUGAUCAUUAACCUGGACUAUCAAAAUAUCUUUCAGUCCAGUGAUGCCUGAUCUUGUGCGUCACUUGAACCGAAUGAAAGAUAAAACAAUCACAUUGUUAAAUAAUCGCCACAGACUUCCAUUUACCUAAGACUUGUUUUUUUACUGAAGGAGCUGAGAGUUGUAUGUCUGCACAAUGCAUUUUUUGGCAAAUGUAUAUAAAGGCAAAUAUAUAUUUUUUUACUUAAAUUUUAUUUCAUUUUGUUAACAAAACAGUGUCAGUGAGGUAUAGAACUCCUGUACACAGUAGGUUAUACUAGUGUCUUUGUGAUUGGUUUUAUAAACUAUAAAAGGCAAGUCAAAUACAGUACUUGUAAAAUCAUUUGUGACCUGGAAAUAUUUUGUUAUAAAUUAAAAUCUGACUUUGGUACAACAUUUACUUAUUCAAGUGGUACAACACCCUAAAAUGCGUGAGGGAACAAAAAUAAAUCAAUUUGUGUAACUAUACAAGUCAGCAACAGCACAAAACUGUAACAUGCGUGUUGUUUGAAAAUCUUCUGGAUACAAUUUGUUCUACUUGAAAACGACAGUUUCAUGAGGUGACUGAACCCAAAGACAUCACCUACAUCAUGUUAGGUGAAUGUAUACUGUUGUAAAAUUAAUAGCAAAGUGAAUUGUCAUUUUAAACAGGAAGAAGACUAACUAUGAGCAGUAUUUACUAUACAUGAUCUAUGCAUUUUGAUGUUUGUCUUCUCAUUAUCUCACUUUGAUUCUAGGAACAAGUGUAAAUAUUUCUUCUUCACAGCAGACCUUUACUUCUAACAGUAGGGAAAGAACAUAUGUUCCAAUAAUUAUGGCUACGUUAUUGAGUAACACCAAAUUUAAGAUGGUAGACCUAAUACGCUUUAGAUCAUUAGUGUGCCAAGUGUAAAGCUGUAGAGCCUUUUUUUGUGGAGAUGUCAAAUGCUCUCAAUUAACCACAUACGGGAUUAUGGUUUUACCAGAACCCAAACAGGACCUGUACAUAAGGGCAUGUGAAUGCAUGUUAAUAUUUCAGACUAUGGAUUAAACAAUUGUACGGUGCAGUUACUAAUUGUAGAAAAAGGCCCUCAGUUCAACACGGGUGAGUUUGAAAACAGAAGACAAACCGACUAAGAAACAUUCUUUUAUUCUUUCCUUUUCCAAGGAAAUAUUUAAGAUUUUUAAACUUUAUCUUGUACAAAAAAGUAUUCGUCUUCUUAACGUUCACACAUUUUGCAUUAGAACAGACAUUGUUGCAGGUUGACAGUUACAAAACACAAAAAAAGGUAAAGAAAAACAAUUCUGUACAAAAACAAGCACCUCUAAGGAUCAAAAUGCCACCAAUAAUAAACUUACGUUUCAUAAAA